AUGAGGUGUCCGAAGUUGCUGAGAAAGUUCACCAUUGGAGAUACUGCUCCAAGUGGUUGCAAACUUCUGUUCUCUUACCUGUACUAUUUUUGUCUUCUUCAGUCUUCUGGUACCAGUAUCACAGUGGAUAUUGCAGUCAUGGGAGAAGCGCAUGGGCUCAUUACAGAUCUUCUGGCAGAUCCUUCACUGCCUCCCAACGUGUGUACUUCGCUGAGAACAGUGAGCAACCUGCUUAAUACACAGUUAACCUUCCAGGCCAUCCAUAAGCCAAGGGUGAACCCUUUGGUAUCCUUCAGUGAGAAUUACACAUGCUCUGACUCGGAGGAAUGCCCAGAGAAAGGAGAAAAACUAGCAAUUCCCAAGCGCUUACGAAGAAGCUUGCCUCCAGGACUGCUGAGACGAGUGUCCUCCACUUGGACCACAACAACAUCAGCCACAGGUUUACCCACACUGGAGCCAGCCCCAGUGAGAAGAGAUCGCAGUGCCAGCAUCAAACCUCACGAAUCAUCUUCAUCCAGCACUGACUCUUGGAACAGUUCCCUUCUGAUGACAAUCACAAAGAGCAGGUCCUUCUCUACGUCUUAUGCCAUGUCUCCUACCAACCACCUGAAUGCCAAAAGGCAGAGCCGCCAAGGUAUCCCACCAAAUAUUUCACCACUCACCUCUCCAUGCCAUUCACCUCUUCAAGGGACGCCUGCUACGAGUCCUACCGGAAAGACAUCUUCUGUGUCAUUUCCAGACUCUACAGAUACUGACACCAAGCAAGGUUUAAAGCCACACAAAGUCUUAACUGCUACUCAGAGUGCACCUAGCCUGUCAGAACCUAACGUCAGCCCUUCUGUUAUCUGCAGCAGCUGCGGCAGACCCUACAAUCAAAUAGAAGCUGGUGAUGGUACACUAGAUAGAAGCGAUGGUACCACCCACACCCUAAAUAGAACAGAUGAUCCUGCGCAAGCCACUUCUGACUAUGAGACCAACAACAGUGACAGCAGUGAUAUUGUACAGAAUGAUGAUGAGGCAGAUUGCUCCAAAGAAAAGGCACGGAAGGGAUCUGUCUGUAGGACGUAUGCACCUGAGACCAUCAUUCUGCAUCCUUUGAUACCACCUGAGGACAAGCCUGUACUCGCUCCUGAGCCUCUGGUUAUGGACAACUUGGAUCCUCUAAUGGAGCAGCUUAACAGCUGGAACUUCCCAAUCUUCGAUUUGGUAGAAAAAAUUGGAAAGAAAUGUGGUCGGAUUCUCAGUCAGGUAUCAUACCGGCUUUUUGAAGACAUGGGGUUGUUUGAAACCUUUAAAAUUCCAGUGAGGGAAUUUAUGAACUACUUCCAUGCCUUGGAAUGUGGAUACCGAGAGAUACCUUAUCACAAUCGAAUCCACGCAACUGAUGUUCUGCAUGCCGUGUGGUACCUUACUACUCAGCCCAUUCCAGGACUCCCAACUGUGAUUAAUGAUCACGGGUCAGCGAGUGAUUCAGGUAUAUUUAAAUAUACAAGUAUAUAUGUUGUAUUUUUAAAACUUUUGACAAAAUUUGCUGGAAGAAAGCCAACAGCUGAGCAAUGA